GCAAACUUCGUCAGAGCGGCAUUAAAGUAAGCUGGACUAUAAAAAGGUCUGGUUCCACAGUUAUAUAAAUAGGAUUGAAUUAGCCUGGACAGUGAAAAACAAUAAUGCAGUCUGUGAAGCUGAAUGAUGGGAACUUCAUGCCGGUCCUGGGACUUGGCACUGCUACUGUCGAACAGGAUCUUUGUGACAAGGCUGAAGAAAUCACCGUAACAGCUAUUGAAAUUGGUUUUCGCCAUAUUGAUUCAGCUUAUGUCUAUAACACUGAGGAACAGGUUGGAAAGGCUAUUCGCCGAAAGAUUGCAGAUGGCACUGUGAAAAGAGAAGACAUAUUUUACACUUCAAAGCUGUGGGUUACCUUUCAUCGUCCAGACUUGGUCCGGCCAGCCCUGGAAGCAUCACUGAAGAAACUUCAGAUGGACUUUGUUGAUCUCUAUCUUAUUCACUGGCCAUUGUCUUUUAAGCCUGCUGAAGAUCCAUUCUCAUCAAAUAUAGGGGACUGUUUUACCCCUGACACAGUGGAUCUUUGUGCAACCUGGGAGGCCAUGGAGAAGUGUAAAGAUGCAGGGUUAACCAAGUCCAUUGGGGUCUCGAAUUUCAAUCACAAGCAGCUGGAACUGAUCCUGAAUAAGCCGGGGCUCAAGUACAAGCCUGUCUGUAACCAGGUAGAAUGUCACGUGUACCUCAACCAGAGCAAGCUGCUGACAUUCUGCAAGUCAAAAGAUAUUGUCCUGGUAGCAUAUAGUGCCCUUGGAUCCCAGAGGAUCUGUGGAACAUGGCUUAAGGAGAACUCACCAAUUCUGCUUGAUGACCCAGUCCUUGGCGAAAUUGCACGAAAAUACAAUCGGACGCCAGCUCAGGUUGCCCUACGUUACCAGCUACAACGAGGGAUUGUGGUACUGGCCAAGAGCUUUAAGAAAGAGCGAAUCAAGGAGAACUUCCAGGUGUUUGAUUUUCAGUUGACCCCUGAGGACAUGAAAACCAUUGAUAGCCUCAACAGAGACUUUCGUUAUACUGAGCCUGCACAUUUCAAAGACCACCCCAAUUAUCCAUUUCAUGAAGAAUACUAAUGAGAAGACAUUGAUCAUAAUUCCACCCAGAGUCUUUUAUGGGUAACAUUUUCAGGACACUCUUUUAAAGCUCUCUGGAUAAGAGAGUUAGAAAUACUAGAUUUAUAAUGAUUUUUUUUUCCCCUUGAGGGCAGUAUUUACAUGGAAAAAAUAUGAACACUUUUACCCCUUGUUGACAAUUGUGAGACUGUAUUCCUUGUUGGAAUUAAUACAAUAAAGGUUCUAAAUAGUCUUAACUUUUA